AUGCGAACAAUGGACAUAAUUAAUAAGUUUCCCAGCACCGAAUCGCCAGCGGACGGCGCUACCGUUGGAAUCUUCCACACCGACAGCGUGCCUUCAGCGGCUGCCAUCGAAGGCCUGGCAGGGCCUGUUGAGGUGUUCCACCUAGUCUUUGCGGCUGGAAGCCCACCCAAGGAGAAAUCUACGGAGUUUUCCGUACUGAAAUACGACAGAUUCCCGGACGCCUUCGCCACUAGUGAGGCCGGUAUCCGUGGCGUUGCCGGUGCUGCGUUUUCGGCAAAGAUUGGCGAUUUGGUUGAGUUCUUCACUACGCGCGAGAACGGCUCUCUUUUGGCCGAGGCGCUAGUUGGAUGCGGAAAGUUCUCUGACUUCAGGGUGUCUGAUGCGUACAACGUGGCGAAGGCUAUUGCCCUCACCGCUUUACACCGCAAAUGCAAGAACGUCAUUUUAGUGCUCGGAUCGCUCGACAUAACGUUCAUUGAGGCGCUGGUUACUGGUUUCCUGAACCACAUUAGCGUAGAUCGCCGUUUCAGAAAGGACACCACGACGGAGAACCACCUCGAGGGCAUCUAUGUCGCUACUACAUCCUUGGAAGAUGUGCACCCGCUUGCAGUUCGCUGCAAAGUGCUCGCAAGGGCCAUGCACCUCAGCCGCGAGCUGGUCACCGCCCCCGCCAAUUACGCGAACACGUUGUCUGUCUCAAGCUUCCUUAAGGACAAGCUGACAGCACUCGGCUUGUCGGUCAACUUGAUGUUCGAGGAUGACUGCCGUGCCUUGGGUAUGGGAGCGUACUGUGCCGUUGCUCAAGGUAGCAACUAUCCCCCAGUAUUUGUGCACGCCACAUACCGGGGUGAAGGUCCCAUCAAAACCAAGAUUGCGCUUGUUGGCAAGGGUAUCAUGUUCGACUCUGGCGGUAUUAACAUUAAGAGCGCCGCAAGCGAAAUCGAGUUGAUGAAAUUCGAUAUGGGCGGUAUGUCCGCCGUCUUCGCUGCUGCCGAGGCCAUUGCCACGUUGAAGCCCAGAGGCGUGGAGGUUCACUUCAUCAGCGCCACAUGUGAGAACAUGCCCGGACCCAAAUCGUACCGCCCUGGUGAUAUCAUUACAGCUUCUAACGGAAAGACCAUUGAGGUUAUAAACACGGACGCCGAAGGUCGUCUUACCCUGGCAGACGCUCUGGUCUACGCUGAGAAUUUGGAAGUCGACUACAUUAUCGAUCUGGCAACGUUGACCGGUGCCUGCAUAGUUGCGCUAGGAAACCAUUACGGCGGUUACUUCUCUAACGACGAGGAGCUGAAUAUGAGUUUUGUAAAGGCCCUUGAAAAGUCAGGAGAGCUAGCGUGGAGAAUGCCACUCGCCAAGGAGUACGCCGACAGCCUCGAGUCCAAGGUGGCAGACCUUAACAACUGCAACUACAAGGUGAAGGCAUCUACCAUCACGGCUGCGCUGUUCCUAAAGGAGUUUGUGGAGAAGGCCAAAUGGAUCCACUGGGACAUUGCAGGCACAGCGUUCGAUAAGAACUCUGGCCGCGGCACCGGUUACGGCGUGCGUACACUGGUCAACCUGGUUAUGGACCUGGCCGAGCAUUAA